AGAUGGACGUUUAGCAGAACUACACGGAAAAACUAGAUGUUGUUAUUUUAGCUAGCUGUUCCCUUUCAAUUAAUACUACAUAACAUAGCUUCUAGCUGUGCUUACAUAUGUGUGAGUCGGCGUUAGCUUUAUAUACUUUAGUGUAACUGUUAGCUGUAAAGUCAUUAACAUCCUGAAUGCUCAUUAACAUUAACACACAUUAGUACCAUGGACAGAGAGUGUGUGUCGCUGCUGCCCGGUGUGUGUGAGGUGCUGGCGGACUCAGGAAGGUCUCUGCCCGAUGACACCAGCCUGGAGAAACUGCUGGACUGGUUCACAGAGCUCACAGAAGCUGGCGUAUCUCUGCUGGAGGUCUGCCCAUGUCUGCCUGAUUUCGUAUCCACUGUGGUUCAGAACACAGCAUCAGACCCCGGGGUCCUCUCCUUCACCCUCAGACUCACUGGCUUACUGGCUGCCAAUGAGGACGGCUUCAAAAAGCUUCAGGAACACUCUGUUCUGAAUCAGGUCUUUAACCUUCAGCACUGGAAAGAAGCACGACUUUGGGAUGAUCCCUGUUUACGGAUUGGCUGGAUCCAGGGAUUAAUGAGCAUGCUGCAGCACCCAAAGGCUCUUGUGUUUUUUGUACAAUCAGAUUUCAUUGAACCGCUCCUACAACUCCAGACAGAUACGAGUCUGUUCGUUGCUUCAGCUUCCAAUCAAACACUCGCCCACAUCCUGCUCUUCUUUCAGCCAGUCUCAACUGCAGGAUGUAACGGCGUAGAUAAGAAAAAAGAAGAUGACGGGAGGACACGUGCCUCCAUCACAGACUCAGAAAUCAGUGCAGAGUACACUGUUGUUUUCACAGCGAUCUCAGAGUACCUCAAGGAGUCGCUGGUUCCCAAAGAAAACACAAAUCUCCAUCAGAGUCUGCAGAUCCUCAAACUGCUGGCCCUGCUCCUGGCCCAGGCCGGGCCUCGUCUCCGGGACACGCUGCUCCAGACAGUUACAGACUCUCUGGAGGAGCUGGUGACAGCAGUCUGCAGUCAGGUCACGCUGCCUCUGAUGGACGUCAUCGUGGCUGCGCGCAGCAGCUCGGGCACUGAUGAACCAGAUCAACGCAUUGCCCGUCUUCUAUCAUCCAUGUUGAGCAUAAACAAAGCCACUGACCUCAUUAACUCUGCAGCUGCUUUUCUUCGCAGAGGUCAUCAUGACGUAGUCCACACUGCCCGAGCUGUGAGAAUACUACUGCUACCCCUCGACAUUAUAACUGGUCAGACUCUACUGGGCACAAACACCACUGCAGCAGAGGAGCAUCAGUUAAUGUUAGAGCAGCUGAAGAGUAGAACCUCCUGCAUCGCUACAAUCUGUGUCUGUCUGACAAACACACCACAGAUUACACUCAUGCCUUCUGACGUCCUCCCCUGUCCUCCAGUGUUAAUUGUCACUGCAGUUCUGUCAUUGUUAAGGAUCUGCAGUGGCCUCUCCUCCUCGUCCUCUGGUUGCAUCAAGGUUUGCAGGAAUGUAAUCGGCAGUGGUAAAGUUCAGAAAUGUGCCCUCGAGGCUCUGACGGCUCUCAGCAGCAGCCCAGGAGUGAAGGAGAAGAUCAGUGACGUGCUCACAGAGCUGAUACAGUACCUGGACAAUCCCGACUCUGACCCCACUGUGCUCCACAAGUCCUACCAGGCCGUAGUAAAGUGGAUGAGUGUGAGCACAGACCUCUAUUUUAUAACAGAGCAGCUCAGACAAGACCUGGUUGAAGUAGUGAAGAAGCGUGCGUGUGACAUGCGCUGGGAAGUGAGAGACUCGACGGUGGAGUUUCUGGGACACCUAGCAGAUGUGCGUGUUUCCCUUAAGUCAGCCAAGGAGGAGGUGUGUGACGCGUCUGAGGCUCUGCUGGGCGGCUGUUGUACCACUCCUCUCCUGAAGGAGGCGCUCCAGGAUACAGAGAGUUAUGUGAGAGCCACUGCGGUGUCUGCACUGGCUAAGACACAAAGACACAGCUGGGAGCGGGAGGCAGCACUCACUCAGGACGAGACUGAAAUUGUGGACCGACUACUUGAAAUCCUCUCCAAGGACACAGAGGGAUUCCCCAGGAGGGCUGUGGUGCAAUACUUCAACACCUGGUUCUCUUCACGCUCCUCACGCUCACCUCCAUCAUCGACCUCCUCUCUCCUGAUGCAGUCUGUGCGCUCCGUCCUCUCACAUGGCAGCAUCGAUCUGGACUGGGAGGUCAAAGUACACACGCUGGAGCUGGCCGAGCUGCUGCUGGACGAAGCCUUUUCAGGUCACCGGGGUUACAGGAAGGGCCCAGACACGCAUCGUGCCCCUCUGCACCCCUAUGGUGUAGUUUCUGAUCAGGCCUACACACUUCACACACACACUGGUGCACACACAGAAGGAAUGGAGUCGGAUUUGGCCGACGUGGUCGAGCAAGGAGUUCUCUCGGCAUUGUUGAGUGGUCUGGUUGACUGUGAUAGACCCGUGGCUCUGAAGGCCUGCCAGCUGCUGAUAACACUCAGAGACACAGUCUGCCCUCUGUCGCUAGGGUCACUGGAUGCAAAUGCUGCCACGGCAACAGUAUCCUGUGAGCUGCCUAGCUGUGGCUGGGGGCGGGAGAUCAGAAACAUAUUGCGGAUUAAGGAGAGUGAUCCGGCCAGAGAGACAGAUGUCAAAACACUGAGUGUGUGUGAGACGUUGAGGUCUCUUGGUUUAGACGAGAGGCUGGACGUCCUGACUCAAAGCAGCGACCACGUCCACAACUCCCCCCUCUCUCUGCUGCAGGACAUACUGACUGCGAGUGCUGCUCACACUCAUCCAGACACACAGCCGGGCCAAGAGGUCAUAGUGGACUGCUACUGACACGCUCACACACACACACACACAUCACACUCUGCCUUAUAUUGGGUCUUAACUCAGGGUACAUUUACCUCAGCGAUGUUAUGAUAUUUUGGUUUCCGUAGUAAAACAGGAUUUGUCCUGAUCUUACAAAUUAAUACAUAAAGACCUGAGAUAUCAGACUUAGCAAUAUCAAAAUUUCAGCAUUUUCACAUCCACAAAACUUGUGAUGAACAAUAUUUCACCUUUUAUUGUCUAUCAAUGAAUGAACUAACUGGUUUAAGAACUUCUUAAUAUUUAAUGUUACAGUUACAUUUAAUACCAUGCAGGAAGUUGUUGAUCUUUGUUGGCUUUUUUAUGAUGUAAUGUCUCUAUUGAUUUCUUAACUUCCAGCUGAGGUCAGUCACAACUUGCCAAUAACAGUUCCACUCGGGCCUAAAACUGAGAGCUGACCAGACCUGGACUCGUGUCUAGACAACCCAGCCCGCCUGAUGCUGCCGAAAUUUGACAGCCAAAUCUAGAUUUUUGCUUUAUUUUAUCCACUGGCCCAAGUUCCUUGUUUGAACCACAACCAUCUUCAAACUGGGCAUUAAUUGUGAUGACAACUAAAUACCUGUAAAGUCUCGCAACUGCAUCUUGCACAGUUGCAAAGUUAUCAGUGACAAAGUCUGUCCACAGACGCACAUAUAAACACCGGCAAAGUACUCAGUUCCCACUACAAAAGGUCACACGAAGACCAAAUUUUGCCACAAUGACACAGAGGUGUAGAAUUUGGGUGAGAUGCAGGGGACACAUCCCCCUCAGUAUUGAAAGUACAUGCAUUUGUCCACCCCAAUAAAAACAUGAAAGGACCAGAGGACUAUAAUUUCAACUAACUGCUAGAACGCACUCAUGGACACAACAAUACCUCCGGUAAAGUAGAUGGUGGCAGAAUGCAACCUCAACAGCAAUGGCUGCAAUUUGCCAUAACACAAAAGGAGAUGAAGCAACUACAUCAGGAAGUAUUGUGAUAUUUCCAUCAUAAAUUGAUGUAAAAAUGACACAAACCGAUGCCUAAAUUGAUGCAUUUGUGCAAAUUGGUGCAGAAAUGCAGGAAAUAAAGUGUUUGACCCUCAUUUUUAAACCAAUUUGUUCCCCCAAAUGUAAAAAAAAAAAAAAAACAUUACACCCUUGAUGACAGACACAGACUCACAAGGUAAAAACAGUACCAACCAACCCCACUCUUACAGCUGGUAAUUCAUUAUGAUGAACAGUAUUUUCAUACAUUAAGCUACCCAGCUGUAUAUAAAGUAAUUAAAAUGAGCUCCACCUUUACCAACUGCAACAUUAAAUUGAUGAACACAGUAUUGCAUCAAUAGUUAUAAUGCCAUUAUAUAAUGCAUUUCAUUCUCAAAUGGGGCAUUUUGCAUAAUGAGCACUUUUUGAUGCCAUUACUUUUAUGCUUAAGUAAAAUAUUGAAUG